GCUCUUUCGUUUGGGUAGUUGCUUCCCUUGGUAGUUUCCAGGGGUUACGAAUAUUAUACUUCCGCUGUAGUGACAACAAACUAACACCAAGGUGCCCGUCUUUUAUAUAUUAUCUGCAACUCUCUGGUUGUAUCAUUUCAUUUAUACGCAGCAAGAAGACAAUAAUCAGAAAAGAUGCCGCGACCAAGAUCAGCUCGAUCUGAUGUCAGUGAUGCCGACAUGGAGGGUCUGGCUGAAGCCGAACUUGUCAAACUACAGAGACAAUAUCGAUUGAUGGAUGGUGACAGGGCAGCAUAUGCUGAAGAAUCACAGAAUAUGAUUAGAAAACAAAAGUCUGAACAACUGAUGUUAGAGAAAGAAAAACAAGAGUUGUUAAAAGAAUUACGAUUGGCUGAGAGCAGAAGUAAUGAGAUUCGUGAUGAAGAAAAUACUGAUCAGUUGGUGACAUUGGUGGAAGCAAAAGAGGAUCUAGAGAGUGGUAUAGAAGAGGAGAGACAGAAGCAGGCAGAAUUGGAUGCUAAACUUCGUGAUGCAGAAAAGAAAAUUCGAGCUCAGCAUAGAGAAAUGGGUGGUGUUCACAUGAGUUCACAACAUACAACGCAGACACAAAAAGCAUCAAGAAUAUUAGAAACAAGACUCGAUCAGUCUAAGAAGAAGUUUAACCAUGCUUUGACUGACAAUGCUAAAUUACGAGAUGAAAUUGAGGGCUUAAGACAUGAACAUAAGAGAUUUGAAAACUUGUAUAAAAAGUUAGAGAAAGAAUUGAGACAACUGAGACGAGAAAUGGGAGAAAUUAUUGAAUCAUCUACACAAGCUUAUGAUGCUAGAGAUGAUGCUCAAGCCAAAAUGAUUAUACUGAAAGAAAAGGCUGAUAAAGAUAUGCAACAACAUAAUGCUGAGAUGAAAGAAUUGGUCCGAAUUAUUGAUCACGAUCGUAAACUGAAAGAAUUUAUGGGCAUUAAAGGACAAGAAAGACAAGAAGAUCCACAACUUGUUGCAUGGAGACAACGUAAAGAGGCCCUGGAGGUUGAGAAGAAGAAAGAGAGCCAGGAAGAUUCAGUAGAAACGUAUGAUGCGGCCGUCUUGAGAAUAAAACAGAUGACAGGAGAAGAUAAUCUCGAUCUUCUUGUUAAUAGAUUUAUAGAAGUUGAAGAUAAGAAUUUCGCUCUAUUUAAUUAUGUUAAUGAACAGAAUAAUGAGAUUGAGAAGUUGAAUGACGAUAUACAAAGUAUUCACGAUGAUAUUAACAAAUUUAAAGCUCAGGGUAUUGAUAUGGAGACACAAAGGAAAUAUAUUCUUAAAACUCUGGAAGAGAAACAAUUACUGGCCUCUAAAGAAGCAGAUUUUAAUGAACAAAAACUUAAAGAAGUUUCAAAGAUCCUAGAUCAACUCAAAGCAGGCAUUGAUUCGUUGUUUAGUAAAAUUAAUUGUGAUAGGUCAGCUAUUGAUGAGAUGUUAGGAGCUGCUACUGGUGUAACUGACAGUAACAUGUUACAAUAUCUCGGCAUUAUAGAACAACGUACAAAUGAAUUACUGGCAGUCAGAGCCUAUGUUAAUACUAAGGAUCAUGAGAAAUAUGACCCAAAGGCACCAGGUUUGUUAGGUUUAGGACCAGCAGCACCAACAACAUUACAUCCUAUACAACCACCUGCUGUAGGUGAUGAAUAUGAAAGUGAUGGUAGUGAAGGAAGUGAUGAAGAAACUCGGCCAUUUACAAGAAUGGAACUCCAAAAUAAAGUCAUGAAAACCGUUCACAAGAGAGAAUCGGCUGCCAAAAAAGAUAUAGAUAAAUAUGAUUUAUCUAAUGCACGAGAAAAGGCACAAAAACAACAGAAAAAAGACAGCAAGAAAAUGUAAAAAUUGACUAAAAAUGACUUUUCAGUGUUUACGACAGACAUUAAUCAGACAAUUGUGUACUGUGUUGUGUGUUUACGUCAUGUUUAAGCCGUCUAUUAGACAAGAGAGUGUAUUGGACUAAUUUAUUUUGAAUUUUACUAAUGAUUUUCGACCCCUACUAAUUAGUGUUAUUCACUGUACACUGGGGCUUUACACUCAUAAUGAGACACUUAUGUUAUUCAUCAAUACUUCACAGCAUUGCAGACCGUGAAGUUAUACUGAAUCUGUAUGUACCAUAGGGAAGUUCUGGCUAGUGUUCAUGGUUACAACUUACAUCAUUUGUGAUGCAUUUUUUUUUUUAGUUUUUAGAUCUUUUUCUCAUUUUUGUGAUGUCUGUGAUUUCAGUAUGUUUUAAAUAAUUAAAAAUGAUGCAACAUAUUAUUUGACUAUUCUGCUGAAAACAAUUACUGCUGAUUUUUAGACUUUAAAAAUAUUUUAUAAUUUAUUAAAGAUGAGAAGUGUCGUUCCUGAUUUAAAUAAUGAUAAAAAUAAACUGCUGUUAUUGUUAAUGUGUAAUGUUUUUAUAUACAAUCUACAGAAUGUGAUAUAUAGUUAUUACUUAUUGUUAUGUAUAUAGAUAUAUUUGUAUGUAAUAUGUAUUUGUUAAAUUGUGAUAUAAUGUAUAUGUACAUUAUUGUACUGCUUAUAAUAAACAUUAUAGAAGUUA